CUUGACACCAAACAGUAUGGUAACAGAGUAUUGCACCGUGGCAACAAAAACUGCGCUCACUGAGGAUGCCAGUCGGUUUCAUUUCAUCAUAUAAUUUCGAGAACUGUCACGUGCUCCUCUGGUCGCUCAUGUGACCCGGUGGUACGGACCAAUAGGGUGGCACAGUUUGUCAUGGGCAGAGCAAAAGGAAGAGGGAAAAAAAAAUAAUUUUCCCUUUGCAAUUUUUAAUCUUUCAACGCCGAAAGUGGUCGUCAUCUACUGUAUCCUGCGCUACAUAAAGGUGACCGGUUGGCUGACUCCACCAUCACACUCGCGUUGGCCCUUGAACUCCUUUCUCACGUCACCACGCCCCUUCCUUCACAUCCAAUCCCGACAUGGAGCCCAUCAAGGUCCAAUCAGAAGGUGGACUGAAUGUGACCCUCACCAUCAGGCUGCUGAUGCACGGCAAGGAGGUUGGAAGCAUCAUAGGAAAGAAAGGAGAAACGGUGAAGAAAAUGCGUGAAGAUAGUGGUGCCCGUAUCAACAUCUCAGAGGGGAAUUGCCCUGAACGGAUAGUCACCAUCACCGGGCCAACAGAUGCUAUUUUCAAGGCCUUUGCCAUGAUAGCCUAUAAGUUUGAGGAGGAUAUAAUCAACUCUAUGAGCAACAGUCCAGCCACCAGUAAACCCCCUGUAACCCUGAGGCUCGUUGUCCCAGCCAGCCAGUGUGGCUCCCUCAUUGGCAAAGGAGGCUCCAAAAUCAAAGAAAUGAGAGAGUCCACAGGAGCUCAGGUCCAGGUUGCAGGUGACAUGCUCCCCAACUCCACCGAGAGAGCAGUGACAAUCUCAGGGGCCCCAGAGGCCAUCAUCCAGUGUGUCAAACAGAUAUGUGUGGUGAUGCUUGAGUCCCCACCGAAAGGUGCCACCAUCCCCUACCGCCCCAAGCCUGCCUCCACCCCUGUCAUUUUUUCAGGUGGCCAGGUAAGAGCAGACCCACUGGGGGCGUCCACAGCCAACCUCAGCCUCUUACUGCAGCACCAGCCACUGCCUGCUUAUACCAUUCAAGGACAGUACGCCAUCCCACAUCCAGAUCAGUUGAGCAAGCUCCACCAGUUGGCUAUGCAGCAAACCCCCUUUACCCCCCUCGGACAGACCACCCCUGCCUUCCCCGCAGCAGGUCUGGAUGCCAGUAACCAGGCCAGUACUCAUGAACUCACCAUUCCCAAUGAUCUAAUAGGCUGCAUAAUCGGACGCCAGGGAACCAAAAUCAACGAGAUCCGUCAGAUGUCUGGGGCGCAGAUCAAAAUUGCUAAUGCCAUGGAAGGGUCAUCGGAGCGCCAGAUCACCAUCACAGGGACCCCCGCCAACAUCAGCCUGGCCCAGUACCUCAUCAAUGCAAGGUUCAGAGACGUGGCGGCCAUGUGGAAUGACCCAUCUUCCAUGACCACAUCCUGAGAUCCCUGACUGGCUCCUCCGUUUGGCCCUUUCCAAUGACUGACUACCGCAGACAAUCCUGAUGAAGCCCUUCGGACUCUGGCUCUGGCUCUCCGAAAAACCCUGACCACCUUCCUGCCUUGGUUCAAAGUUGUUUAUAGGUCAGGGUAGGGUUGGGUGCUCAUUUUUAUUUCAGAGAGCCAGAUUAAAUUUUAAAAAAUUACAAAAAAGAAAUCCUCUGUUGAUUAGGUUUUUUAGAGAACUGUUGAAGCAUGUUGAAUGUUUAUUAGGAACAACUUGUGUUAAAUCUUUCAUCUUUUUCGCUCUAUCUAUCUAUUGCUUUCUCUCUCUCUCUCUCUCUCUCUCUCUCUCUCUCUGUCAGUGCUGCGUCAUAGAACAUCAUUUAAAAGUAUAAAAAAGUACUAGUAAAAGACUGAAAAGUUUUGUAGAACGUAGGUAUUUGCAUAUUACAGCUGCUCAGUGAUGCUAUCGGCAAAGUGUGUGGUGGGAUGUAGCCAAAUUAUCACAUUUUGAUAGAAUUUUGGAGAAAAUAAAUUGGACUGUUCUGCUUUUGUCCUAAUUUGCAUCUUUGUCUACUACAAAUCCAAUCUCUACCCAUGAUUCUUUGCUGCAUCACAUGACCCUAUUAAGCCAAUGGUAUCACUCCUAGAGCCUCCCUUCUCAUGUUAAUUUCCUAUAUUUACAUUAUUGCUUAUAUUGCAUGUGUUCAAUGUUGUAUCUUGUAUUUGAGUAAACCUGUUCAGUGUACGUGCUCCUUCAAAUGUUAUUAUUAUAUCUUUGCGCUCCCGUUCUUUUUCCGCAAACUUUUUCAGCAUUUUUGGCCAUUCACGUCUAGUCCUACUCCCUGCCCAAAUGAAAAACUUUCCGACAUAGCCUCCUUCUAUUAACACCGAUUAUUAGUAUAUAGAUGCAUGAAUGGGAAUUAGUGAAAAAUCAGUGGCUAAAACACUAACUGAAAAUUUAAAUGAUUGUUUACUAACUUAUUAUUAUACUGUAUUUGUUUUGUACAAGGACUAUUGUGACUUAGCACAUUAGUCAACUACGCGGCGCUCAUGCAAUAGACUAUUCAACACUUUACUCUGGACUGCCUCUGAUGUGGGAGGAAUUAGUUGGACUUAAAAGCCAAGAGUAGCGUCCAAACCUUUCGGCUUCCUUCCCUUGUCUCGGAAAAUAUGCUAGGCUGCUGGCAAAAAAAUUUUUUUUGUGGGGAGGGGGGCUUUUGAGAGAGCGAAAAACAAGGGAAAGAAGCUGACUCUUCACGGCAAAGAGGCCUAAGCGUUUGGACGAAGCCGAAUGGUAUUUUUUGGGCCAAGGAAUGUUCAGGGGUUCAUUGGGGGGGAACCCAAGGGGCCUGGGCGGACGUGACCACUCAGUCUCUUUUUCAAGAUUGUUCAUCUUGUCAUGUUCUUUUUGUUGUCAUACGGUUGAUUUGACGCAUUACGUUUGAAUGUCUUUUUAUUGUCACGCCUAUGUCAGCAACUUAAUUGUUUUUAUUUAAAAAAGGACAGGUUGGAUGACAAUUGCUCCUUCACUGGUUUUCAGUAAAACCAGUAUUUGUUUAUUUAUAGUGUGGUGAUGGACAUAUGACUUUUUGUUUGUUGAUCAUGACACUUUAGCUAAGUUAGUUUCAUUGUAUUGUAUUUAAUUUGAGAGGGAGGUGUGGAUGAUAUUUGGUAUGAUUCAGUAGUUCAACCAUCCCUCACGUAUUCUACUCAUAAGGAUGCUCUAAAUACUAUUGGACAACAUGAGUCAUCUCAUUUCCGAGCUUCAGCUGAGCUCAAUUAAGUUUUGACACAUACAAACAGCUGUUGAAUGUUAUUGUCAAAUCACAUUAUCUACAGUCCAGCACAGCAACAUUCUGCAUUUUCAGUGUCUCAAUUUCUUCAUACAUACCACUACUUUUGUUGUAUUUCCAAGAGCCUACGCUGAGCUUAAAGGAAAAGUUUGACAUUGUGAGAAAUAUUUGCUUUCUUGCCAAGAGUUAGAUGAGUAGAUUGAUACCAUUCUCAUAUCUGUAUGCUAAAUAUGAAACUAUCGCCAGCAGCUGGUUAGCCUAGCUUUGCAUAAAGACUGGAAACAGGGGGAAACAGCCACCUGCCUCUGUUAAGCUGAAGAAAUCAGUUUACCAGCACCUAAAGCUUACUAUUUAACAUGUUAUUUCUAGUUUGUUGAAUGACAAGAGUCAGGCUAGCAGUUUCCCCUUGUUUUCAGUCUUUAUUCUAAGUCUUUAUUCUAAAUUAAGCUAGCUGGCUGUAGCUUCAUAUUAAGCGGAGAGAAAUCUAAGCAAAUUAAACUCUGUGAGGGCUUAAAAUAUAAUGAAAUAAUUAAACAUCUUAAUGUCAAAAACCAGAAUUUCUUGGUCCAGACAACCAGCAGAGACUCUAGUAAGUUAGUGGUCCGGACCAGGAUAUAGUCCAGCACCAACACAUCCUCAUACCUAAACGACAGAAUAGGUUGAUUGUCAUUGAUUCCCAAAACGACAUAUACGACCAUUGGAAAGUACCAGUGACAGGCGUACCAAUUAAGUACAUUACGUAAGUCACAUGACGUUAAACACAUGAUUAAUGUUGUGAAACGGUCACAGUUUUGUUAGGUUUAGGCAACAAAACUACUUGGUUAGGUUUAGAAAAAGAUUGUGGUUUAGGUUAAAAUAGGUUAAGUAAGUUAUGUAAGUCACGUGACGCAAGUCUACUACAUAAUGUUAUUUAACUUAAAAUUUUAAAUAAGUCAAUGUUGACGUGGUUGCACAUGGGACACAAACCCUCUGGCAAACUGGCUGAAAGUCCUGUGAAGUUUGACCACCACCCCAGCCACCUUCUAAUGUGGACUUUAUCGCUCUUUAUACAACGUCACACAUUAGUGAGCUUUAGAGGUGCUGGUAGGUGGAUUUUGUUACCUUUGGACAGAGCCAGGCUAGCUGUUUCCCCCUGUUUCCAGUCUUUGUGCUAAGCUAAGCUAACUGGCUGUUAGCGGUAGCUUCAUAUUUGGCAUACAGAAAUGAGAGUGGUACCAAUCUACUAAUCUUACUCUCUAGGAAGAAAGCGAAUAAACAUAUUUCCUAAAAUGUCAAACUUUUGAUUUAACUUUAAGCACUUUGAUGACAUAAAUGUGAUUAUGUAAAUGGACCAAAUGCUGUAUCACUAUACUGAACAAUGCAUAGUCAAUGAUUAUUCUGCAAUAAUUCUUACAUUUUGAUGUGAUCUCAAGUAGUAGUGCUAGCAUUGAAAUAUAAUUUGUCUUUCUUUUUAUUUUGAGUUGUUAUAGCUUGUACUUCAAUGGGAAUGUUUGUCAAAUGAACAAACUGAAAUUAUGUUUUUUGGCAAACUUGCUUUUUAGAACAGUUGGUUAAUACCUAAGAGGGCAUUCUUUCCCAACAGUACUGUACCAGUAAAGAACAUCCUCAAGGGUAUUAUGGCUUUUAUACAACUGUUAUCAGUGCAUGUGUACCAUUGAAAUGUCUGCUUCAAAUUAGUACACAUAUGUAAGAAUUAAAAAACAAGGAUUGCUAAUGCUUAUUAGCACAGUUGGUGCGUGCAUUUGACAAAGAUCUUGUUGUGUAAUAUGAAUUUGAUCACUAAGCAGGAAUAUUGAGUUGUAAGUGAUGGCAGUGUGAUUUUAAUAACAUCAGUAUUCAUGUGUUACUCAGUGUUUGAAAACUGUAUUUACAUUUGUGUAUUUGGCUGAGUAUACUGCGACUUUGAAACAAACUGCAACUAAUGCAAUAAUAGGGUGCAAUGUGCAAUUAUUUAUUCAGUUAUUUCCUUAUUAGCAUAGAUACAGGAGAGCUGUGUAGCUUGUUGAAAAAUGCUUUUUCUUGAAUUUUAUCCACUUUCCAUGUGGCAGCAACAGCAGGAAAAAAGAAUGACUAGACAUGUUUUUUUUUGUUUUGUUUUUUUUCAGAUUUUGUUUGUGUGUAUUGCAGUUUGGGGAAAAAAAAGUGAUAGAACUUCGUAACUAUUUUUGAUUGAUUUAUUUGCUAUGUGCAGAUCUAUAUUAGUUGUGAGUAAUUAUAUAGGUUUUAAUUUUAAAGUGUUGGUAAGUAUAAAAACAAAUAAAGUUUCAUUUUUUUCUUUCUGUGA